AUGCCUUCAAGGAAAAUACUGGCAAAAUCAGACCCAUCUUUUCUAAAUUCUGAGGAUCGUCGCUUUCUCUGGAAAUCCAUAGAAAGUGCAGAAAAUUACUUACCAUCUGCUUCAAGCAAAACAGAUGCAAAGGAGCUAAGGGAGGAAGAGUCCAGUGGAGAGCCGGGGAGGGAUGAGAGCGAGUUGGAGACAGACAACGAAGGGGAGAUUGAGCCAGAGAUGGGAGAUGAGAACUUGGACAUAACCAGCGAUAUGAUGAAGCAGGCUGAUGAAAAGAAAAAGGUGGCUUUUGAUGCGGUGGGAAGAGGUGAAUUUCAAAAACCUGUUCAGCUCUUCACUGAUGCCGUCAAACUGAACCCACGCCUUAGUACUUUGUACGUCAACCGAGCCAGUGUCUUUGUACCGUUGCAAAAGCCAAAUGCUGCCAUCAGAGACUGCGACAAAGCCAUAAAAAUAGACCCGAAUUCUGCACAGCCAUACAAGCGGAGAGGGAAAGCAUUUCGGCUCCCAGGUCACUGGCAGCAGGCUGCAAAGGACCUUGCACUGGCCUGCCAGCUGGAUUGUGAUGAAGAUACCAAUAACAUGUUGAAGGAGGUUCACAGAAGAGUCCAGAAAAUUGCCAGGCACCAAAAAAAAUAUGAGGAGGAACAAAACACAAAGCAAUCGUUGGAUGCAUUGCCAAGGGUGGGGAAAUUCAUGGCAGAAGAGGAGAGGGAUCUGCUUCCGACUUCUCAAGAAAAGGAAAAAGCACAACUUUGGCAUUGGAGAUGGCUCAGAGAAGUGCUCUGGAGGAACUGGAGAAAGCUUAUAGAAAGGCCCUACGAGAGCAAGAAAAGAGCUCAGAGGGCUGUGUUAGAAGAACAGAAGGCUCAAGAACUGCAGCUAUCACAAAGAAAAGCUGUGGAGGAGCAGGAGAGGGCUCAAAUAAGGGCUGUUGGAGAACAAGAGAGAGCCCAGGAAAUCCUGAAAGAAGUUGCAAAAACACAGCAACAAGCCUUAGAGGAGCAGGAGAGGGCUAAGAAUGGACAAAACAAAGCUAAUAAAAUCUUGGAAGAACUGGGGAAAGAAAAAAAAAAAAAAGGUCCUAGAAGAACUCGAGAGAGCUCAGAAGGAGCUCCAGUGUGA